CGAUUACACUUGGUCGCAGAUUGGUGUUGUGUUUUGGCGUGUCAAGUUUUUGGCGCCGUUGUCGGGGACUUUCUAGAGUAUUAGGAAAGGCAGAAGUUUGUUACUUUAGCGUUUUUCUUUUCUUUUCCACCCUUGCUUUUCACUUGGGUGUUUUUGUUUUUGUUGGUGCAGAUCUGAAUCAUGGAUCCUAAUGGCUUCUCCAAUCAUUGGGGGUAUCCACCACCACCUGAGUGGUAUUACCCCGAGACUCCGUGGAGCAAUCAAGGCGGAGAAGACUAUGGAUUCGGGUUCCAGUACCAACCCCCUUACUACGGAGAACAACCGGACCCCUGGGCAUAUCAAGAACAACCUCAUUACCAAGAAGAAUUUCUCCCACAACCAGAAGGGCCAUUGGAGCUGGAGUUACCCAUGGCGGCCUUCACGGGCCAUUCUGCAGAGCCAUGCUACACUCCACAGCCAGAUCCACACUAUGAUUUGAGGCUUCUCAUGGAGAGAUCAUGCUCCAGUAUGGAUCAUUGUGUCCAGGCCUAUCGUGAAACAGAGGGGAUCCUCCUAAGCCUUAAGAAGAGCGUCGAUGAUCUUGAGCGAUCUUGGGCGCAACCUGCUCCAGAUCACCCUUCUGCUACCAUACAAGAAGAUGAGGAGGAAGAAGAAGGCUACAAGGACAUUGUGGAGCACACUGAAGUUGUCACGGAGAGCUCCCGUGAUGAUCAUGAUCAGGAGUGUGAUGUCGUAGCCGACCACACCUUCCCACACCCCAAACUGAGCUUUGAAGAGGCGGGCAUGAGUUCGGAGAUGCAAGAAGAUAUCAUGAAAGAAAUUGCUUGGCAACUUGCUCUCCAAUCCGUGCUAGAAGAAGAAGAGCAAGAAAGGGUGCAGAAAGAAGUUGUGGAGGAUGACGAAAGUGAAGCAAGAGGAGUUCUUGAUCAUUUCCCAGGGGUGAUACCACAUGAAGAAGAAAGGGAGGUUGAAGAAGAAAUUGGCGUCCAGGCUGAGGACGGAGUUAAGGUGGAAGAGGCCUGCACCGGCCAUGAGUUACAUGUGAUAUCUCCACCAAACUUCGAGGAACUGCUUAGCAAGGACCCAUUUGCAGUGUCUCUUUGCCAGACCAAGGCCACCUCGACAUCGGUCCCUCUUGGUGGACGCGAUGGUGGCCAAUCGAUGCUGUCAUAUCUGGUUUGGGGCAAUGAGACGAGAGAAGAGAAGGAGAGGUCUCGAGGGUGGAGACUUCAUCUGCAUCAAGUACAUGAGCCUUCAUCACCUGCCACACCACAUGCUCAUGACUUGAGACUCCACCUCAUCGACGAGAACCUCAACUUCAAGGAGGUUCUAGCAUGGACCGAAACUUAGGAGCCAUCGUCUGGCUCACGACGUGAAAGAAGCGCUUGUUGGGAGGCAACCCAACCAGUCGGUUUGCAUUUCUUUCUCUAUUUCUCCUCGGUUGAGUCAGUUUUGUUAUUUGAUUUUAGAGUCAAUAACUCAACCUUUGUGAGACUUUGUGUGGUGUUUGUGUUCUGAUUACUCUCUCUUCCUGGAAUGCACUGCCUGACCCGUACAUCAUCAUUCACCCUUGAUCUGGUAACUUCGUUCUACCCUCCUUAUCUUUCCUCCAUUGAGGACAAUGUCGUGCUUAAGUGUGGGGGGGUGUUCGAUUAUGUAUGCGGGUGAAUGUUUGGCUGUUUGUGUGCUUGGAGCCUAGUCCACUGUCCAAAUUUUUAAAUUUGAGGGCUCCAAGUACGUGUUUCCUUGCAAAUUGCCUGCUCAGUAUGCUUUGAAUUGACAGUCUCUAUAGUAAUGUGCAACUUAGGGAGGUAGUAUAGCACUAUGGAGGAUGUUGAAGUAUAAGAUUUUUCCUAUCUAGCUCUCUGUUGUGCCAGUUGAUUUUGUGAAUUAGUGGAGCUAAGACCGUUGAAUUCAGGUGGUAAUGGUGACUCUGUUUGGAUUAUGUUAUGGACUCGUGUAUCGAACAGGGUGCUCAUAUGGAAAAUGGGAAGCAGUUGGUCCUCCAUGUCAAAAUCAUUAAAUCUUAAACAUGGGGUAAGCCCAACGUGUGCGGCACCGUUCAUUGCACAAAAUCGGGUUUUGGAAGAGAUUUUAGUGAUCCUUAGUGGGGUACUCCUACAAGGUGAAGCUAAGUUGUCUCUAGUACAAGUAAAACUUCCACCCGUUGAACGGUUUGCCUACUUGAGGAUGUGUUUUUAAGGGCACGGAUAGAGCUUCCGACCCCCCUUAAUUUCAUUGACCCUCCACACGAGUUGAGGAAAAGGAGUUAAAAGAAGUACUCUGACGAGCUCCAGAUGUACAGAAAUUGCUCUUGCUCGACUAAUAAGGGUCGACCGUGCAAAAGACUGCAGUUGGAACCCCACCAAAUGAAAGAAAAAUUGUAAAUGAAAGUGAGAAAAAGGGGUUCCAACGGUGAAAUGAAGUGAAAGAGCACCCCGGUACAACGAAUCCUUGGUUGUGAAUGGUGUGAGUCCCUUUAUCCAUGAACUGACUGUCUUACUUCUACUUUUUCUCAUGAUCCUGGUUUGAGUCUAGUACUCGCAUUGAGAGAGAUAGGGAACGUCUUAGAAGACCAGUUGACCUCGUAAGCUGCUAUAUGAUCUAGGAAAUCCUCUACCGACGAUCGGGGUUGUAUGUUGCUAUAGAGCUCUGGAGAGCUGCAUUGGUUUGAGUUAGGUUUGCUUGGGGACAAGCAAACAGUUAAGUGUGGGGGGAUUUGAUGACUCGGUAAUUGCACAUGUUUUCCCCUUUGUUUCUUGAUUGUUUGAGCUUGAAUUAUCGUGUCUUUGGCCUAUUUUAUGCUAGGUUAUGUUCCUUUGUCACAUUUCAGGUCCUAGCACAUAAAGUGAAGCAUAGGCGCAAGUUUCAAAUCAAUCAGAGAUCAAUUGACGAUUCGGGAGAAGAAACUCGGGCAUGACCUGAAGAAGAAUGGAUUUCUACCUUACUUUAUGGACAAAUAAUCAUGCAAGCUUGUUAUGAAAAGAAAGAGGACGAGACUACGAGCGUCUGGGAUCAAACGGGGACUGAUUCAGAGUCCGGACGAGGGAGAAACGAAGCAUUAAAUAGAGGCUGAGCAAGCCACACGGGCACGACCCACACGGCCGUGUGAACUGGCCAUAUGGCCGUGUGGAAAUCACCGAGGGCUCACACGGGCAGCUGGGAAAGCCACACGGCCGUGUGGCCUGGCCGUGUGAGUCGGGAAUAGCUGUUUAAAACCCGAUUUUCAGCAAAAGGAAAGAGGGAGAGCUGGGUUUUUGGAUCCCAAACACCCAAGGGACGAACCAAAGAGAGAAAGGGCGAUUUGAGGGCAUUCUUGGAGUAGAGAAGGAGGAUUUCUUCGCCUUGGAAGCUUGAGGAACAAGCCCGGACUUGAAGACUGAUCAUCUGAAGAUUCUUACUGCAGUCUCUCUCUUCUCUAUGGAGUAACUUCCCUUCACUUAGGUUUUGAGGAACCCUAGCUAUGUUUGUUUGAUUGGAUGAUUGUAUGAGUACUCUGACUUGAUAAUCUUGAGUUCAUAUUCAAUCUAUGCAUGUUUUCAUGAUUCAAUUCUGCUUUAGUCGAGAUUAUUGAUUCUGCUUUGAUCCUAUGAGAGGGAAUACCUGAUUAGGUCAAUAGAGCACCAUAGAUUGAUAGUAGUGGAUCGAUUGCUUUAGUCAAGGGUUGAUUCACUGCUUUGUAUCGAUUGAGAACCUCUUUCGAUAGAGGGAGUCUAGUUCAGAACGCCUUGAUCAGUUGUUCUAGAGAAGGAUACGUCCCUCUAGGCAAUUGACUCAAGAGGGCCUUGUUCCUUUAGUCGAGACUCAAGGUCUAGUCAAGGAUUCUCCGCAUUGUGAAUGAAAGUGAAACAGGUUAGAGAUCAUCAAUCGUUAAUCUGGCUAGUGGCUAGGGGGAAUCAUACCUAAGUGAGUUCCCAACCUGUAAUUAGAUUAACUUUAACUGUAGUUUGCUAGAGUAGUUUUAGUUCUUUCAUCUUAAUCUGAUUUGCUAAAUAAUAAACUGAAGCUGAGUAA